AUGCAAUGGGUAAAUAACAAGAAUAACUCGAGCUGUACAUAUGUUCUUGAAGAACAUUUUGACAACAUGGAAGUAGAUAGUAUUGACAGUGACAAUGAUAAUGAUUAUAAUUACGAGAACAAAGGUGAAGGCGAAUAUGAAGAUGAAAAUGAAGAACAAAACAUUGAAUUUGAUCAAGAAGUUGGCUUACCUUUGUCCCAAGAAGAGUCCAUCUUUACUGCCAAAAAUACAAUUACAGAAGCAUUUGUGGUUGAUGGCGAUAAGAUUGAAGAAGGCAAUACCGGUUUUGAUUUUGAACAAGAAGAAAACUUUGAUGAGACCAGUGGGACCUCGAUAGUAGAAUCAGAUAUGAAUUAA